AUGGACUUGCAAGAUAUCACAGGGGACACAUCCGAUACGGGAGUGUCAGACGAUGAGCUCGAAUUCGACCCGGCGGAAGAAGUUCAACUGAUCUAUUCUGAUCUUCUUCACACGAUUACCCGACUUUAUGAAAUGUCUAUAAUCAUUCGAAAACCAUCUGCGCAUGACCGCUUCCGGCAAAUUCAAAAGUCCGAUUACUCCGAGUUUGAAUUUUAUGAUCGACAGCAUGUCUAUGCCAAAUAUCCCCAUGCAGACUUUGGUAUCUUGGAUCGACUUGGAGUUGCCAUUUCCAAACGCCGAGCCCUCUUGAAGUACCGCGAAAGGCAUCGCCAAAAGCUUGGAUAUGGGGCUGAUGGAGAAGACGGCAAAUCCACAGCCCCCUCGGAGACCGUGGCAACUGAGUUUGUAGAUCCAGCUCUGCACUCUUGGGAUACGCAAUCAGAAUCAGAUCAAUCCAUGACAUCAUAUGGGAACUUGAAAACGGAUGGCGAUCAAGAGAUUGCUCAUCUAAAUCCACCAGAAGAUGCCAUGACCGCCGAGAUACCGCUUGUCCUUUAUGUCAGAAGACGGCCACCCGAGGUUCAGACUUAG